AACCGCGCGAGAGUUUAUGUGACGUCGUCGGCGUUAGCGUCACGGCGGCGUCGGCCACGUUCAGCGGACACGGGAGCAAGAUGGCGAUUCCGGGCAGGCAGUAUGGGCUUAUUUUGCCAAAGAAAACACAGCAGUUGCACCCUGUUUUGCAAAAACCUUCAGUGUUUGGGAAUGAUUCUGAUGAUGAUGAUGAGACCUCCGUGAGUGAAAGCCUUCAGAGGGAAGCUGCUAAGAAGCAGGCCAUGAAACAGACCAAACUGGAAAUCCAGAAGGCCCUUGCAGAAGAUUCUACUGUAUAUGAAUAUGACAGUAUUUAUGAUGAAAUGCAGAAACAAAAGGAGGAAAAUAAUCCCAAAUUGCUUUUGGGGAAAGACCGAAAGCCCAAGUAUAUUCACAACUUGCUAAAAGCAGUUGAGAUCAGAAAAAAGGAACAGGAAAAAAGAAUGGAGAAGAAAAUACAGAGAGAACGAGAAAUGGAAAAGGGAGAGUUUGAUGAUAAAGAGGCAUUUGUGACAUCUGCAUAUAAGAAAAAACUGCAAGAGAGAGCUGAAGAAGAAGAAAGAGAAAAGAGGGCUGCUGCACUGGAAGCAUGUUUAGAUGUAACUAAGCAGAAAGAUCUCAGUGGAUUUUAUAGGCACCUGUUAAAUCAAGCAGUUGGUGAAGAGGAAAUACCUAAAUGCAGCUUUCGUGAAGCCAGAUCUGGUAUAAAGGAAGAGAAACGAAGGGGUUACUCCGAUGAAGUAAGUUCAGAAAACAGAAUACCACAAGAGAAAUACAUUCUUCAAGCUGAUGUGAAAGUAGAGGAAAACCCAGAUGCAGACAGUGACUUUGAUGCUAAGAGCAGCGAGGAUGAUGAAAAAGAAGAAACUACAGUGAAUUGCAGAAGAAAAAAGGUCAUAGAGACCCCUGAGAAUGACUCCAAGCACCACAGGAAUCAAAACCACUCUCGGUCGCCUAGUGAAGAAAGAGGGCAUGGUGCCAGACACCACACAAAAGGAUCACAAACAUCGAGAGGACAUGAGAAAAGAGAAGAUCACCACCAACAGAAGCAAUCCAGAGACCAGGAGAACUAUUACACUGACCGUGAUUACCGGAAAGAAAGAGAUUCUCAUAGGCACAGAGAUGCCAGUCAUAGAGAUUCCCAUUGGAAGAGGCAUGAACAGGAAGAUAAACCAAGGACGAGGGACCAAAGAGAAAGAAGUGACAGAGAAUGGAAAAGGGAGAAAGACAGGGAGAGAUAUUCCCAAAGAGAACAAGAAAGAGAUAGACAACAAAAUGAUCAGAUCCGACACCGUGAGAAAGGAGAGAAGGAAGAGAAAACCAAAGCUAAGGAAGAACAUAUGAAAGGAAGGAAGGAAAGAUAUGAAAAUAAUGAUAAAUACAGAGAUAGAGAAAAAGGAGAAGUAAGUGUUCAGUCUUCAGAAAGACAUCGAGACAGAAAGGAAAGCAGCCCAAAUUCUAGGGCAAAGGAUAAAUUUCUUGACCAAGAAAGAUCCAACAAAAUGAGAAACGUGGCAAAGGACAAAGAAAGAAACCAAGAGAAACUCUCUACUUCUGAACUAUCACUGGGAGCAAAACACAGACUCACAGAGGAAAGGCAAGAGAAGGAUAAAGAACAAGAGAGACCACCUGAGGCAGUGAGCAAGUUUGCAAAGCGGAACAACGAAGAAACUGUAAUGUCAGCUAGAGACAGGUAUUUAGCCAGACAGAUGGCACGGGUUAAUGCAAAGACCUAUAUUGAGAAAGAAGAUGAUUGAUGGCUACCCCGAGAGAAAUAUUUGAGGAAACACAGAAAACUCUUAAUUCCUGGAACCUGCUGUGUCAACCAGAAAGGAAUGUGUUACCAGUAGUUUGGAGGGCAUUUUUAAAUUUAUUUUCAAAAAUUUUAGGUUAAACUCAAAAGUCAGUCUAACGUCUUGAAUGUUUGGAUGUGGAUGUUUGGCCGAAUUUAUAUUCAGUAUGUACUUAUCAAUACCACAUUCUUUGUUGUAUUCAAGAACCAUAAGAGUGUGCUAAUUCCCUGUAGUUACAUAUUGAAGAAAAUUGGCCCCACUACAGCCAUUAAAAUUAAUUUUGGCCAGAUGUGGUAGCACAUGCCUGUAAUACCAACAUUUUGGGAGGCUGAGGCAGAAGGAUCACUUAAAGCCAGGCAUUCAAGACCAGCCUGGGCAGGAUAAUUACUCCUUGUCUCUAUUUAAAAAACAAGCCCGGCAUGGUGUACAUGCUUGUAGUCCCAGCUGUGUUUGAGAGGCUAGGCAGGAGGACCACUUGAGCCUAAGAAUUUGAUGUUACAGUGAGCUAUGAACAUACCACUGCACUCCAACCUGGGCAACAGAGCAGGACCCUGUUUCUAAACAAUUUUUUAAAUAAAUAAUUUAACUAUUUUAAUAAUGUUAGGUUUGUUGCAGGAGCUGUUUGUUUUAUAAAUAUUGUAUUGCAGAUAAAAUGUGCAUUGGAACAAUAGAAAAUAUACUUUUAUGUUCUGAAAUUUGUAUUAAAGUGUAAAAUGUGAAUCCUGCAUCUUAUCUAAGUAGCUUACAGCAUAGUUGGCUUAAAUGAAAAUAAUAGUAUGCUUAUACAUUUUAUUAAUGCAUUUAAAAGUAAUUUCACUCAUGUCACAAUUCAUCUGUUUGCUUUUAGUAUAAAUUAAUUUGUAGUUAGUAAAUUGGUUGUGCAUGUAAAUCACUUUUAACUAAAGGUGAAAAUGUGUAGACAUUUAGCCUAAAUGAAAUAGCUAAAGGUCCAGGUGAACUAUUUCUAAACAUGUCUCGUUUUAUGUAUUCUGAAAAAGAUAGUGCAGUUUAUUACAAGUUCUACUUGUGUAUAAAAAUAAAACUAGUAUCUUUCUCCUGAGUCUUUGAUAUUCAGGAGAUAUAAUUACACACUGUAAAUAUUUUAUUUAUGGGAAAAGGAUGAAUGCUGUGGAGAACAUAAUUCUCUAAUAGGUUUUCCCAUUAAGAAAGUGCUAUUUAUAUCUCUCACAGUACUUUAUCAUAAAGAGCACAUUUUAUUUUUAGAAGGAUAAACUUCUAAGUUUAAUAAGAUUGCUGACUAGAUUAAAAACAUUGUAUAUUAAGGGUCAGAUUUCACAUUCAUAAAUCAUUUUAUUGUACCUUUAAAACCAGAAAGGAAAAGUAACAGGAAAGUUAACGCCCAAAUCUCUGACUGAUUAAAUGUCAGUUAUAUCCUAAUACUCUAAAGUCAAUCAGUGACAGUAACAAACUCCCAAUAUCACUGACUUGGUGUACACAAAGGGAGCAACAUCACAUAAGUCUGGAAAGGUAAGUUAGGUGACAUUGUGGAAGGACCUUGAGUGACAGAUAAAAUCUUUAACUUUGGUGGGGAUAUGGUUUCUUUGUUAGAAUUGUUUUAUAACUAGAUCCAUGCAUUGGGAAGAUUAAUUUGAUCAUAGCGUGCAAGGUAGUCUAGGAGGGAGAGACUGAUGUCAGAGACAUCUGAUGAUAAACUCAUUUUCCCUCUCCCAGAGGGAAAAGCUCAGAAUCUUUUACAAAGCAGCUUGGAUCCUUACGAAAGCUAUAAAUUACUUUUAUUAACCAACUUAAUUUGACAUAAAUCAGUAUGAGAGGCUGCAAAUUUAAGAGUUUUCUUCUGUCUCCUUCUCCAAAUAGAAUGUUGAUUUUGCCUCUGCGUUCAUUCCCCCUUUUCUGGUAACAGCAUCUUGUUUUGCCCUUGAGAAAACACACCUUUACUGCUCGUAGUUGGCAGGUUCAAAUGGGGCAGAAUAGCCUGCAGGAAGGAUGUGUGACCCAAGCGAGGCUGAUGUGGUCCUAUUGUCAAAAUUUACAGAUGUUUUCUGCUGUCAUUACUGAUUAUGGUGAUGAGGUAAGUUUGGAGUUUCAUGGGAGAGUGCCUUGCUGCCUGGCAGAAAAAAAGCUCACAAAAAAGCCAAAUGGAAGGAAAAAAAAAAAAAAAAA